GCUAGUCACAUUCUCUCAGCCUCAGAUGACAACAAUGGGAAACCUCUUCUGACCAAAUCUUGCCAAGAAAAGCUUGUAAUAGGUUCCCUCUUGGUAUUGCCAUAGGCCAGAAAUGACUCUAAGGCAUAAAGCGACGCUAAAAUGUCAAAGCAGAUGGGGGGGGGGAUGCAUGUAAUGGAGUAAAGAAUGAGGCCUUUUUUGGAUUUAUGAAGCCAAAAUCCUAUGAAACCAGUAUACACUUUUUAAAGAAUGUCUUCAUGAACCUUAAUUUUACAAGCCUGUGUUAUUAGAAGUAUAAUGGGCCAUAUGUGUGCUCCCUAUUAUGCGCUUUCCCUUGGUUUCUGAGGUGUAAUCUUACAGCAAACCAACAUGAAGAAAAACAGUCUGGUGAAUCUUGAUAAACUUGUAGAGGACUUCUCGCACAUAGAAAUGAAAAUAUCAGAACUCCAUGGAAAAAAUAACCUUCUGAAUCUACAGUUGGACAAGACACACAAGUUUCUGUCAAUAAGCCAAUCAAAGGAAAUUUCAGCUAAAGAGGAAUGUGCAACACUGCAAACUGUGAUUAAAGGUCUCCAACAAACUAUAGAAAACCAGUGUAAUUUGAGAGAUGAAAAUGAGAGGCUGAAGAACACAGCCCAUAUGUUAGAAGAGAAACUGAAGGCUCAUGAACAGGAACACAAGAAUAUGGUUGAUAGACUCUUCAGACAAAUGGAAAGCAAGGCAGAGGAGUAUAAACGUGAACAAAGGAAGCUUCACUGUGACGUGAACAAAAAAUUAGAAGCCAAGGACGAAGAACAUAACCAACUAAUACAGAAGAAAGAUAAGGAGAUUUUAGAAAUAACUAGUCAACUGAGAGCUCAAGAAAGGGAAAAACAGAAUGAGAUAAUUAAACUGCAAAUAGAGUUUAAUGCUAAAAUAGCAAGGCUUCAAACCAAAACACCCAAACCAUAUCCAAGUCCAACGGUGUUGCCUCAAACCAUUUUCAGAAGGAAACUUCAGCAUCUUGAAGAGGAGAAGAAUAAGGAGAUUGAAUUUCUCCGUAAUACCAUUAAGGAUUUAGAACAGAGACUUGGUAAAAGACAAGAUUCCCGCUUCAGAAGGCACCAGUUUUAAGAAUGAUAUGAAAACACUACAAGCUAAGAAACAUAAAAGAUGAGAUCACAGUGGAUUGAUAGAAGCUUUCUUUAUUAAAAACAUUGUUUUUGACUGUUCGUUCAUAAGCUUUCCAGUUACAUUCUAAACUACGUUCAUGCUUCUUCUGUGUUCACCAUAAAGGAAUUCAGGUUUUGUAGAAUUUAUUUCCCUAAUAAACCAUCAUGAACUAUGGCAAGCACAAUCUAAGCACUUUCUCUCUGUUAUACAUUUUCUCUCACCUCUGAAUCCCCCAAACCGGGCAUACAAAAAUUUAAUUAAUUGCAAAAAGAGGAAGUAUAGUAAUAAGAGAAGCAUUGUGCGAGUUUCAUUAUUCAGUUAUAAAAAUUAACAUAGACAAUUCACAGAUUAAUGGAACUUGGAAAGCUUAAAUCUUACCUAAAUCUGUUAAGCAAAGAUAUUUCUUGCAUUGAUCCUUCAAUAAAAUUUCCUUUUACUUGCUCCACUCCACCCCAUGCACUCUUUCCAUUCCAAUUCCUAAUGGCUGUGAGAUCCUUAGCUCCAGAAAGACUGUCUAAAGAAAGUUACUUCAGA